AUGGAGUCAGAAAAGUUGUUGACAGAAGGCGAGGAAAAGGGGGAGACACUCGAUCUGGACAGGACGCUGAUGGACGAAAUUAGAGCGAGGACGGAGUCUUCGGUGCUGGUCGUCGUUGAAAUGACAAGAUCAGUCCACGCUCACUACAUCACACCUCUCGUCAAUCGGAAACGGAUCAAUCACCGCGUCAUCUAUGGCACUUUGAUACUGCUCUGCGGUGCCCUCCUCCUCUACCUCAACCACCCUCACCUCACCACCUCAACGCGCGGUCAAGUGGUCUAUCCACCAAGCCAUGCCGUCGAAUUAGAUGAACAUACCUCCCCCCUCACCUCCGUCGAACCAAUCGCCGGAGAAAUCUCCCCACAGAAUGUCAUCAGCCCCUCCGCGAAGGCUCUAUCUCUUCAACAGAGCACAGACAGCAAACCCGCCCCUCCAAAACCUCGAGCGCCAUGGCUCAUCGUGGUCUCCUCGCACGUUCACGAAGUCCAGCGUCGCAUGCUAAUCCGCAACACCUACAUAUCCCUCUUCACAAAAGACAACCCCGACCUCUUCGAAGUCGUCUUCCUGCUCGGCCAUCCAAAACGCGAAUGGAGGGACGUGAUCGAGCGGGAAACCGCAACGCACGGCGACAUCCACAUCUUAGAGCAGCUGGAAGCCACCAACUACAACGCCAACACGCGGAAGAUGAACGACUACUUCGUGGACUUGCUGCAGACGGCUGACCCCUCAUCGCCCAGCUAUCGCGGCGAGCCGCCAAAGUUCGUCUCGAAGGUCGAUACCCAGAGCUACAUCUACAUCACCAGAUUCUACAACGAGUUCAUCCACCCUUUCCUCCAUGCAGACGAGCAGCCUGCUCCUGCCGCCAAACCCGCCGCGAUCAAUUCGACAACGGCCUCCACUAACACCACGACCCUCCCACCCCAACCACCAUCCCCCCCACCACCAGCAGAAGCCGAACCCAACCUCGUCGCGCACCCGCACACCCUCAUCGCCCGCGCCGGCUCCCCCACCCGUCCCGACAUCCCCCACCGCUUCCCGCAAAGCGCCUUCUACACACUCACCUGGCCGCUCGUCUCCGCCCUCGCGCAGCGGCAUCGCGAGAACCCAAUCUUCGGCGAGCGGGAGGAUGUUCUCAUCGGUCGCUACCUUCACGAAGAGGAUGUCGAGUACGAGUUUAUUGAUCUAGGGGUGCAGGGGCGGCAGGUGCGGAUUGGCGAUGAAGGCGGCGACGUUACAGCGGCUAUGAUCAGAGAGGGCCGCGUGCUCUGCGGGGAGGGGCUGGGCGAGGAUGCGCAAUUAGUUGCGCUGGCGGAUCUUUAUGAGACGGUGGGGGAUUUGAGUGUUGGGGAGUCUGCUGUUGAAGGGGGAGGGGGUGGGAGGGAGAGGUUUGAGGAGGGGGCCGCAGGGGCUGGGGCUGGGGACGCGGUGACAAAACCUGUCAAAACGGCGUAUAAGAGUUUCGAGUACGAUAUGAAAGCGAUGGAUGCAGAAACGCCGUUGAUUGAGCUCGUCAACCCGAAGGGCACCACGUGGAAGGAGCGCGCGUGGGUGGAUAGCUGGGCUAUGGAGUUGACGCGGUGGAGGGCCAGGCCGGAGAGCUGA